CGGAUGCACAGUUAAGCUCGCCGCAUCGGAGCGGACAUACAUACAGUGUGCAGUGAGAGAGAAGUGAGUGUUGUGAGUGCGGAGUGACAGUGAACACGUGUGGAAUCAACAGUGCAAGAAACAAUCCAAAGCCAUGAGAGUGCUGGCGUUGGCGAGCCUGGCUGGGCUGCUGCUCGCCGGGUCUGUGCUGGGCGCCGCGGGCGCCGCGGACUGGUCGUGGGGCAACAAGGACGGCGCCGCACCCGUGUCCGAGGCCGGCGACGAUGAGGCGCCCCCGAGCGGUGGGGACGGCAGCGGCGUCGACCUCACCGAGGCCGCCGCCGUGGCCCCAGACGCCGACGUGAUCGACGACAUCCUGAGGUCCGGCCGCCAGGGCCGCAACCUCGAGGGCUACGACGAGGUGUACGCCGACCCCAACGUGCAGGACGCUCUGCAGAACGGCAACGAGACCUCUGCCCGCCACUACAUCAAGGACAGGCUGUGCAGUCUGGGUCUUAGCGCUUGCGACGAGGACCCCUCCCGCGGCGCCCUGCAGCCCCAGGACCUCAUCUACGCGCAGCCCGUGCACAUCAAGCCCAUCGGCGCGCCCAUCGCCGCCCUGCCCGUCCGCAACCCCCACGCCAUCCGCCCCUACGGCCCUCCCCUUACAUCUUCUAAUAUGGAAUUGUACAUCGAGGCAAAAACGUAUCUGUAA